AUGCCUGAUGAAAUGCCUCUGGAGAUAAAGCAUGCCUCUAAUUUGCCUGAGAUCAAACUCCAGAGUGGGGAAAAUCUCAGACAACAUGAUAAGAUGCACACUUGUGAGCAGUCUUUUGAACCCAGUGGGAAAGAAAAAACUUUCAGCAGGAAGAAGACAUUCCUUUUGAGAGAGAAAGUUUACACCAGCAAUGCAUGUAAUAAUCAACCUGUCAAUGUGGGAGAGUCUGUUCAGGUUAAAGAGAAAAUGUUAAGUAAUAAUCCUGACUUUGACAAUCAUCAACAAACACAAUCAGGAGAGAAAUCCCAUGAGCAUUUCCUGAGUGAGAAAUCACUUAUUUAUAAAGAAGAUGUCAAAGUCAAUGAGAUAACCAAAACAGCAAAAAGUUGUUAUAUAUGUGGUUACUGUAAAAAGCCUUUUAACUAUAAAUCUUGCAUUAAUAGCAAACAUAGAAGUGAAAGUGGAGCAAAUUUCAAUGUGUGCAAUGAAUGUAAAGAAAACAUUGACCGAAAGUCAGAACUCAUGGGAGAUCAAAUCCUUGACACUGCAGAGAAGGCAUAUGAAUGUAAUGAGCGUGGAAAAGCCUUUCACCAGCAAAGAAUUCACACAGGGGUAAAAACCUAUGAGUGUAGUGAGUAUGGAAAAGCAUUUAAACUGAAGUCAUAUCUAAUGGCACAUCGAAGAAUCCACACAAGGGUAAAAGCCUAUCAGUGUAGUGAGUGUGGAAAAGCUUUUCAUUAUAAGUCGGUCCUAAUCGCACAUCAGAGGAUGCACACCGGGGUAAAACCUUAUGAAUGUAGUGAGUGUGGAAAAGCUUUUUAUCAGAAGUCCUACCUCGUUAGACAUCAGAGAAUCCACACAGGGAUAAAACCUUAUGAAUGCAGUCAGUGUGGAAAAGCAUUUAAACUGAAGUCACAUCUAAUCACACAUCAGAGAAUCCACACAGGGGAAAAACCUUAUGAAUGUAGGGAGUGUGGAAAAGCUUUUUCUUGGAAGUCACACCUCAUUACACAUCAGAGAAUCCACACAGGUGUAAAACCUUAUGAAUGUAGGGAGUGUGGAAAAGGUUUUUCUCAGAAGUCACACCUCAUUACACAUCAGAGAAUCCACACAGGGGAAAAACCUUAUGAAUGCAGUCAGUGUGGAAAAGGUUUUUCUUGGAAGUCACACCUCAUUACACAUCAGAGAAUCCACACUGGGGAAAAACCUUAUGAAUGUAGGGAGUGUGGAAAAGCUUUUUCUUGGAAGUCACACCUCAUUACACAUCAGAGAAUCCACACCGGGAUAAAACCUUAUGAAUGUAGGGAGUGUGGAAAAACUUUUUCUCAGAAGUCACACCUCAUUACACAUCAGAGAAUCCACACUGGGGAAAAACCUCAUGAAUGUAGUGAGUGUGGAAGAGUUUUUUCUUCAAAGUCACACCUCAUUACACAUCAGAGAAUCCACACCGGGGUAAAACCUUAUGAAUGUAGUGAGUGUGGAAAAACUUUUUCUCAGAAGUCACACCUCAUUACACAUCAGAGAAUGCACACAGGGGUAAGAUCUUAUAAAUGUAGUGAGUGUGGACAAGCGUUUUCUCAAAAGUCACACCUUAUUACAAAUCAGAGAAUCCACACUGGGGAAGAACCUUAUGAAUGUAGUGAGUGUGGAAGAGGUUUUUCUACAAAGUCACACCUCAGUACACAUCAGAGAAUCCACGGGGAAAAAUCUUAUGAAUGUAGUGAGUGUGGAAAAACUUUCCAGAAGUCACACCUAAUGAAACAUCAGGUAAUCCACACAGGGAUAAAACCUUAUGAAUGUAGUGAGUGUGGAAAAGCUUUUACGCAGAAGUCACACCUAAAUAGACAUCAGGCAAACCACACCGGGGUAAAACCUCAUGAAUGUAGUGAGUGUGGAAAAACUUUUUCUCAGAAGUCACACCUCAUUGCACAUCAGAGAAUCCACACUGGGGUAAAACCUUAUGAAUGUAGUGAGUGUGGAAAAACUUUUUCUCAGAAGUCACACCUCAUUGCACAUCAGAGAAUCCACACUGGGGAAAAACCUUAUGAAUGUAGUGAGUGUGGAAAAGCUUUUAAUCACAAGUCCAACCUCGUUACACAUCAGAGAAUCCACACAGGGGUAAGUCCUUAUGAAUGUAGUGAGUGUGGAAAAGCUUUUUAUCAGAAGUCACAACUAAUCACACAUCGGAGAAACCACACUGGGGAAAAACCUUAUGAAUGUAAUGAGUGCCUAAAAAGUUUUUCUCGGAAGUCACACCUCAUGAGACAUCAGAAAACCCACACAGGAUAA